UGACGUUUUCGUCGCAACGGCAUCCGGUUUUUUUUUUUACAGGAGAGGAUAGCUUGGCGAAACAGCUGUUUACGGCCAAAUUGACCACUUUAUAACCUCAAGCGCGGAGAAGAUCACUUGGUCGGGUCCGCCGCUCAACAAUGGACGCUGUUUUUCCCCGAUUUUCUUGUAUAAUUGGUCCGUCGGUUCGGUGUCGCCAGCUCGGCUAAUUAGCACAGCUGGCUAACUGGGUGAAUAAACCCCGAUGAGUGGUCUGUUGCUCGUCUUGAGUGGCUGUCGAGAUAAAUGUCAAGAGGAGGAACAUUAUUAACUCCCAUGUUAAAAAGGUCUACAGCUGACACGUCAGAGGGAUAACGGACGGUGGUGUUAACAGUUUCCCAGAGCUGUUGGUUUGACUUGUUGGUUCAUUUGGCUGCACGUUGUGUAGAGUAAGUGACCAAGUUGUGGAUUUUAACCAGAGAUAAGAUUCGGAUUGUUAAUCUGCGUGUCUUGUUUCGGUUUACGGUGAGUCUGAACUAGUUAUAAUAAUGUGUCGUGAUUGAACCGUAAAAAGGCGUUUCUUUUGAUCGCUGACUGCGCGAAGAUCACGUCUAGAAAAAAACAAAAAAACGUUUUAUUUGUAAUUUGACUUGAUCGCAAGAUACAACGUUAUCGUGUUUUGCAUGUCAACGUGUCACACCUGCGUACAGUAAGCAAUGUCCGGGUCACAGUUUAGGCAAAUAAACAGGUGUGUGACUCACUAGUGUCACUAGUGGGUCCAUCUCUAUCAAGCUCCACCUCGAUUUAUCUUUAACUUUGAAGCGACAACAUUCCUGGAAAACUAUUUGAUUGCAGCUUUGCGCACACAUGAAGGCGCACAGUCGGUCCUGGACUUGUAGUCUUGUUUUUGCUGAGAAACAGAUGGCGUGUGAGUGGCAACUACCGAGCAUGGUGACAUGACGCUUUCUGUACGUAUUCAUGAAUAAGUGGGCAAAAACAAGUGCUUUAACAUGAUCUCAGAGGUAUGACAUUAAUGGGUUGGUGUAGGUUGUUGUUAGUUUGAGCUAUAUGGUUAGGGCUAGGUAUUGGUAAUGACUAGGUAUUUGCUGUGGGACUGACCAAAACUGUAGUUUUAUACAUAUAUUGCUGCAAAUUUGCCCACCGCCACAAUGCCGGCAGUACUGUUCUUACUGAUGCUGCUCGGGGCACGAUGCAGCCUCGGACAGGCCAUGUCACGUGAGGAGAAGCACAGGUUGAGGAACCAAGUGGUUGAGAUGUUUGACCAUGCAUAUCAGAAUUAUAUGGACCAUGCAUACCCAGCAGAUGAGCUGAUGCCACUAACAUGCAGAGGAAGAGUCCGUGGGCUUGAACCCAGCCGAGGGGACGUAGACGACGCGCUGGGAAAGUUCUCUUUGACUCUGAUAGACACACUGGAUACUCUGGUGCUUUUGAACAAGACAACAGAGUUUGAGGCUGCAGUGAGGAGAGUGCUGUCAGAUGUGAGGCUGGACAACGACAUCGUGGUGUCGGUCUUCGAAACCAACAUACGAGUCCUUGGAGGUCUGUUGGGAGGGCACUCCAUGGCAGUGAUGCUGAAGGAUAAAGGUGAACACAUGCAGUGGUACCAGGAUGAGCUCCUGCAUAUGGCCAAAGACCUGGGCCUCCGACUGCUGCCAGCCUUCAACACCAGUAGUGGCCUUCCUUAUCCCAGGGUGAACCUGAGGUUUGGUGUCAGGGGUCCUGAGACGAGAACAGGCACAGAAACAGACACCUGCACUGCGUGUGCGGGAACCAUGAUCCUGGAGUUUGCUGCCUUAAGUCGCUUCACUGGAGAUCCUGUGUUUGAGAUUCAUGCCCGGAGAGCUCUGGACUUUCUGUGGGAGAAGAGACAGAGAAACAGCAAUCUGGUGGGAACCACCAUCAACAUCCACUCUGGAGAGUGGGUCCGCAGGGACAGCGGAGUAGGAGCGGGAAUUGACUCGUACUAUGAAUACCUGCUAAAGGCUUACAUCCUCUUGGGAGAUGACCUGUUUCUGGAGCGGUUCAAUAUUCACUAUGCAUCGAUAAUGAAGUACAUAAGCCAGCCUCCACUGCUGCUGGACGUCCACAUCCACAAGCCCCUGCUUCCCGCGCGCACCUGGAUGGACUCCCUGCUGGCCUUCUUCCCUGGACUGCAGGUGUUGAAGGGAGAUAUCCGUCCUGCCAUCGAGACUCACGAGAUGUUGUAUCAAGUGACAAAGAAACACAACUUCCUCCCAGAGGCCUUCACUACUGAUUUCAGGGUACACUGGGCCCAACAUCCCCUGAGGCCAGAGUUUGCAGAGAGCACCUAUUUCCUUUACAAGGCCACAGGAGACCCGUAUUACCUGGAGGCCGGUCGCACCAUCCUGGACAACCUCAACCGCUUUGCUCGUGUUCCCUGUGGCUUCGCUGCAAUGAAGGACGUACGCACCGGGAGCCACGAGGACAGAAUGGACUCGUUCUUCCUUGCUGAGAUGUUCAAAUACCUCUUCCUGCUGUUCGCGGAUGCGGAGGACUUGCCGUUUGACGUGGAGGACUACGUCUUCACAACCGAGGCCCACCUGCUGCCCCUGUCCCUCUCCACGGCCCCUCACGCUUCAUUCUUUACCUCAAACAGAACGUUCAAUGAGGAGCUGGACGACUCCAACUUCGAUUGGACCUGCCCUAACACCCGCCUCCUGUUUCCUGACCCCGCCUUCCCCCGUAACCUGAGAGAACCGAUCCGUAGCGCUGUGGACAAGAGCUGCCCUCGCCCCCCUCCUUACCGGGAGCCCGGUAUGGGUCGUCCUCCACUGAGGGCUCAGGACUUCAUGGCAAACAACGUCGAACAUCUGGAGCUGCUGAGGAGAAUGGGAGUCAGUCUCAUCCACCUGAAAGAUGGCAGAGUGCAGCUGGUCCAGCAUGCCACACAGGCGGUGAGUGCGGUAGCAGCAGAGGACGGCGUGCGUUUCAUGCAGGAGAUGAUGGAGCUGUCCAGCCAGCAGCAGAAGGAGCAGCUGCCUCCCAGAGCCAUUCAGAUCGUCUCACAUCCAUUCCUUGGCAGGGUUGUGCUGACCGCCGGCCCGGCACAGUUUGGCAUAGACCUGUCCAAAAGUUCCACAGGGGUACGAGGCUUCGUGACGGUGGCUGAACCCUACAGCGGCUGCACCGAGAUCACCAAUGCCGAGUACGUCCAGGGCCACAUCGCUCUGCUUCAGAGGGGUCAGUGCAUGUUUGCGGAGAAGGCCCGACACAUCCAGAAGGCUGGCGCCAUCGGAGGCAUCGUCAUCGACGACAACGAGGGCAGCAGCAGCGACACGGCUCCCCUGUUCCAGAUGGCGGGAGACGGCCGCAGCACGGACGACAUCACCAUGCCGCUCCUCUUCCUCUUCCACAAGGAGGGCAACAUCCUGUUGGAGGCGCUGAAGGAGUACAGGGAGGCGGAGGUGCUGCUGAGCGACAAAGCCAGGGACCGAGGUGUGGAUGUGCAAGAAGCGGAGGAGGACUGCUUAACUGAGGCAACAACUCCCACCUCAUUUGAGCCUAUUGGCCAAUCGCAAAUGAGCACGUUGGAGCUCGACGAACUGACUCCUGAGCAGGUCACGCCACCGCGGGAGGAAGUCAGUCCCGUUGAGCAAGACACAAGUCCUGCAGAAGAGGUCAGACCACCGGAGGAGGAAGCAAGUCCCGCAGAGGACGCGAGACCCCCGGAAGAGGAAGCCACCGCGGCCGAUUUGACUCGGCCCGAAGAGGAGAGAGACUCUGAGGACAGAGAGGAGCCCGAGGGCGACACGGACUCGAGCAGCCAGUCGGUGGACGAACUGCUGGCUGAUUGGCGGGAAGACUUGGAGGCGUUCCAGCAGAUGGAGAAGGAUGAGCUCUGACAGCCGUCGGGCGCCUCGAGCCUGCGCGACUGCGGUUUGAUCCCGCUGUGGGGAGCAAACAUCGAGGGGACGCAUCUUCACACGUCCCCCAGUGUCGAUCUGGUGAGCUCAAAGGGAGCUGAGGAAGAGGUCUCGCAUGACUGCCUGUUGAUGGUAUCACGUGCCCAGGCAGCCCACGUCCUGUAUCUCUGGACCACCGGGUCGUCCUCUCUGGCCCGGUAGUUUUAGGGUCGAGAGACAACCAGGGUGCUUACCUCACUUUCUCAUGCAGUUUCUGUUUCAUAAACAAAACCUUUUUAAUGAAUGACACGGACCAUGCAGACGGAGGUCCGUGUCAUGCAUUAAGUGCGCCGCUGUGUGUAAACGGCGUCUCGCUUUCCACUCCAGAUUACUUCUCACACUGGUGCCCCUCUCUUACGCGUCUCUGACUCAAAUGAACGCCGGUCCAACAACUAAUAAUUAAUCCAUCGACCAAUUAAUUUUAUUUGUAAAUGUGAUGAUUGUGUGUGUGUGUGUGUGUGUGAUGAUGCAUUUACUAUCUUCGUGGUCUUGGGCCUUUAUCGUACGUACGUAUUGAUGUGAGUUCAAGACUCGAUUCAUGGUGGUGGGGGGAUCGGUGACGUUGAAUAAGCCGCAGGAUGUGUUUAUGGCUUGGCGGUAGACAGACUCUGUGAAGGAUAUAUGAAGUCAUCUGUCAAUGUAAAUAUGUAUUUGUCGAAAUAUACUGACUGAAACAAUAUAGUGCCGCUUGGCUCAGGUUCCCCCACAGACUACAACCUCUGGACCACAUCGGGUGGAGCAGACACCCCCCUUCAGCUGCGUGGUGGGACCAAUCACACACCUGUAAGGCGCCACAGGAGGGCGCUAUGAGAUCUGUCUGAUUUGGAAGGAGCCAAAAAUAAGCCAAUAAGUUAACAUGAUGAAAUUAAAUUUUUAAAAAAAUGAAGAGAGAAAUUGGGAA